UCUCAGUGGGGAAUACUCGAAAAUUCCACAGCGUGAAGGAUUGAUCGAUUUGACGGAUUUUGUUGCAGUAAAUUUUCGGAUUACUGUGCUCGAAGGAGCCGUAGAAAAAGAUUAUGUUCAAGCAAUUUCAUGGCCUCCUUAUGGAAGGAAGCAGCCAUGACAGAUGUUAAACCGCAUCGGACAGGAACCAGGAUCCUGGGCAGUAGUAGGACCUCAUUGGCAGCUUGUCGAGUGCGGUACUCCGCAUUUGAGUUUAACCCUUCCGGAGCGGAAACAUGGGCACAGAACUCAAACCCCCCGAAAACAAAUAAAAACAAAAGGGGUGACAAAACCCAUAUAAUACGACCUCGAUUCGAAAGUGAUCGCCAGCUUUCCCAGCGAGCUAAUCAAUCGAACGAAUGUCUUCCGAAUCAAACCACAAAUAAAUUGAGAACAACGGCGCUGAAGAAGCGGAAAAAAGAAAGGCCACCGAAAAAAACAAUUGCAACGACGAAGACGACGACGCAUCAUUAAAAUAUUUUCCACUCUUCGGUUUGUUGUUUGGUGUUAAAUCAAAAACCACUUGAACGAAAU